AUGAGCGCUUUAGGGCGUCCACAAGAUAUGUUUUCAGAUACCGCUAUACAAUUACAACCCAUCUUUGCUCAAUGGGUACAAAACACCCAUGCUUUAGCACCCGGCAUAACAGCUCCUGGUGCAACAGCAAGUACCAGCUUAACUUGGGGAGGUGGUGAGUUGGUAGCAGUAGGCGGCAAAGUAGCUUUGUUACCUAUUCCAUUAGGAACCGCAGACUUCUUAGUCCAUCAUAUUCAUGCAUUUACGAUCCACGUGACUGUAUUGAUACUACUGAAAGGUGUUCUAUUUGCUCGCAGUUCCCGUUUGAUACCUGAUAAAGCAAAUCUUGGUUUUCGUUUUCCUUGUGAUGGACCUGGAAGAGGGGGGACAUGUCAAGUAUCUGCCUGGGAUCAUGUCUUCUUAGGUCUAUUCUGGAUGUACAAUGCGAUUUCCGUAGUUAUUUUCCAUUUCAGUUGGAAAAUGCAGUCGGAUGUUUGGGGUACUAUAAGUGAUCAAGGGGUAGUAACUCAUAUUACAGGAGGAAACUUUGCGCAGAGUUCCAUUACUAUUAAUGGGUGGCUUCGAGAUUUCUUAUGGGCACAGGCAUCUCAGGUAAUUCAGUCUUAUGGUUCUUCAUUAUCUGCAUAUGGUCUCUUUUUCUUAGGUGCUCAUUUUGUCUGGGCUUUCAGUUUAAUGUUUCUAUUCAGUGGCCGUGGUUAUUGGCAAGAACUCAUUGAAUCCAUCGUUUGGGCUCAUAACAAAUUAAAAGUUGCUCCUGCUACUCAGCCUAGAGCCUUGAGCAUUGUACAAGGACGUGCUGUAGGAGUAACCCAUUACCUUCUGGGUGGAAUUGCCACAACAUGGGCAUUCUUCUUAGCAAGAAUUAUUGCAGUAGGAUAA